AUGGCGAGCACCCCAGAAAGUAAAGCCGGGGGCCGCGAUGCGGUAUUCCCCUCGGAAGCCUCGAGUGCCACCCAGCAAGAGAUCUUUGAUUCCAACUUCAAUGAGAAAAUGAAUGAAAAGGAUGCCCAGCUCGAACAUCCUGAUCAUCCCGGUCGAACCAUUCUCACAGAGGACAUGUGCUACGAUCAGCUCGGCUAUUCCUUCAGUGAGAAGCGCAAGUGGCUGAUUAUCACCGUCAUCUUCUUGGUUCAAACCUCGAUGAACUUCAACACUUCGCUGUAUUCAAACGGUCUGGGAGGCAUGUCCGAAGAAUUCGGUAUCUCCAUGCAAGCCGCCCGAUGUGGUGCAAUGAUCUUCCUGGUUCUCUAUGCCUUUGGCUGUGAGCUGUGGGCUCCUUGGAGCGAGGAAUUGGGUCGAAAGCCCAUCUUGCAGGCCUCUCUCUUUCUGGUCAACAUCUGGCAGUUGCCCGUGGCCCUCGCGCCCAACUUCACCUCGGUCAUGGUGGGCCGCGCCCUUGGUGGUCUAUCCUCUGCAGGGGGCUCUGUGACCCUGGGCAUGAUUGCCGAUCUUUGGGAGGCCGAUACCCAGCAAUACGCCGUGGCCGCCGUCGUCUUCUCUUCCGUUGGUGGCUCCGUGCUGGGCCCGGUCGUCGGUGGCUUCGUGGAGGCAUUCCUCCCCUGGCGGUGGUGCAUCUGGAUUCAGCUGAUCUUUGGUGGCUUUGUUCAAAUUGCACACUUCCUGCUCGUCCCAGAGACCCGAACCACCGUGAUGAUGGACCGCAUUGCCAAGAAUAUGCGCAAGAGCGGCGAGAACCCCAACAUCUACGGUCCCACCGAGGGCAUGUCCUUCCGGGAGCGCUUCCCCCCGCGAGAGUUGAUGGCGACUUGGAUUCGUCCCUUCAAGAUGUUCCUCACUGAGCCUAUUGUCUUGACCCUGUCACUGCUCAGUGGUUUCAGUGAUGCUCUGAUCUUCAUGUUCGUGCAGUCUCUGUCCUUGGUCUACGAUCAGUAUGGCUUCAACACUUGGGAGAAGGGCCUGGCCUUCCUCCCUAUCUUGGUGGGUUACUUCAUCGCCUGGUUGUCCUGGUUCCCGGUCAUUCGCCGCAAUGUCAAGGAGCGUAAAGAAAACCCCGACAGUGAGCGCGCUCAGUACGAGUCUCGUCUGUGGUGGCUACUGUAUACCGUUCCCUGCUUGCCCAUCGGCUUGAUCGGCUUCGCGUGGACCAGCUUACCUCAGGUCCACUGGAUCGCUUCCAUGAUCUUUGCUGCCGUCAUUGGUAUCGCCAACUACGCCAUUUACAUGGCCACCAUCGACUAUAUGAUCUGCGCCUACGGUCCAUACUCCGCUUCUGCCACUGGCGGUAACGGCUGGUCGCGCGACUUUUUGGCUGGUGUUCUGACCAUCCCGGCAACUCCCUUCUUCACAAACAUUGGUGGCAAGCACCAUCUCGAGUAUGCCUCGACUAUUCUGUUCGCCAUCUCAGUGCCAUUGGUCGUGGCCGUCUAUGUGAUCUACUGGAAAGGACCAGUUCUACGCAAACGGUCUCCAUUCGCUCAGCAGUUGGAGGAGGCCCGCAAUGACGUCGCCAUUCAGGGCCGUCGUCUGUCCAAGGUUCCCGAGUCUUCUCGGGUCAACUCCGCUGCCCGUUCCCAGCAGGACCUCCGCAUCCGGCAAACAAUGGGCAGCCGUCCUGGCUCCCGAGUCAACUCGCGCGCCAACUCACGCGCCAAUUCCCGCCGCACCAGCCUGGCGGGGGACGACGCUUGA